AGCAAGGAACAAGGCCCAGGCGGUUGCUGUACCCACUCUUCCUACCUAAAAGGCCUCUUGUGGGUCCCUGGUUCGGCCCAGCGCGCCGCCCCACCAUGCUCCGGGGGAGACGCAUGAGCCGCGUGGGCGCCCUGGAGGAAGGGGCAUCUGUCGAGUCCCCAGAACUCCCAAAGGUGUCUGCUGAGCCUGAGCGGGUUCUGCUUAGAGGCAUUUUCGAGAUCCGGAGGGAAAGCUGCGAUGUGGUGCUGGGCAAGCGGGUCUUGCGGUGGCGACGCAUCCAGCCUGAGCUCCCAGCGGCGGGUGGCUCCACGUGUGAUCUGCUGGGCAAAGAAGAGUCCCUAGAACUUGAGGACAUAUUCUCUGUGAGGCUGAAGAGGCGCUGUUCUGUAAAGCAGCUUGGCAGAGGCACGCUGUUGGGCAUCACACUUUUCAUCUGCUUGAAGGAGCCCCAAAACAAAUUAAAGGACUCCACCCUUGAUCUUAUUAACUUAAGUGAAGACCACUGCGACAUAUGGUUCCAGCAGUUUAAGAAAAUUCUAGAAGGUUUCACAAGCAGGCCGAAGGCUCUCAAGAUCCUCCUCAACCCUCAGAGUCACAGACAGGAAUCUGUCCAAGUGUAUUACGAGAAGGUGGAGCCUCUGCUGAAGCUGGCAGGGAUAAAGACUGAUGUGACAAUAACAGAGUAUGAAGGUCAUGCGCUGUCCCUGCUCGCAGGAUGUGAACUCCAGGGAUUUGACGGUGUUGUCUGUGUCGGUGGAGACGGAUCUGCCAGUGAAGCAGCCCACGCUUUGCUCCUUAGAGCUCAGAAGAAUGCUGUGGUGGAGGUGGACUGCACCCUGACUCCCACUGGAGCACAGCUUCCGCUUGGAUUAAUACCAGCAGGAUCUACAAAUGUAUUGGCACACUCUCUCUGUGGAAUUGCUCACAUAGUGACUGCAACUAUGCACAUUAUAAUGGGUCACAUACAGUCAGUGGACGUCUGCACCUUUAGCUCUGCUGGCAAGCUGCUUCGCUUUGGCUUCUCGGCCAUGUUUGGCUUUGGUGGAAAGACUUUGGCUCUGGCAGAGAAAUACCGAUGGAUGUCCCCUCGUCAGAGGAGAGACUUUGCUGUAAUCAAAGCAUUGGCCAAACUUAAGGCAGAGGAUUGCAAAAUAUCAUUUUUACCAGCUGGUUGCUCUCAGGAUGAACAGGAAAGAAGAGCACAGAGAUCUCCAGCAUCUGACGGCUGUGACCAAUGGCAAGCCAUCCAAGGGCAGUUCUUGAGCGUCAGUGUCAUGGCAACCCCCUGUCUGCAUUCAGUGGCACCCAGAGGCUUUGCACCUGACACCAGAUUAAAUAAUGGAAGCAUGGCUCUUACUGUUGUAAGGAACACCACUCGGCCAGAAUUUGUAAAGCACCUAAAAAGAUACUCCAGUGUAAAGAAUCAGUUCAAUUUUCCUUUUGUGGAGACAUACACCAUUAAAGAAGUGAAAAUUCACCCACGGAGUAAUAGCACUGGAUAUGACCCAGAGGAGGAGGGUGGGAGCCGUGCAACUGUGUCACAGAAUGGUUUUCCUUGGAAUGUUGAUGGCGACUUGAUGGAAGCUGCAUCAGAGGUCCACGUUAGGCUACACCCAAGACUGAUCAGGCUUUAUGGAGGAAGCCUGGAAGAAAUGAAUGAUUCCAAAGUAGCAUGUAAUUGCAUAUAAAAGAGAUAUGUAAAGUAGACAUUUCUUAUGGCA